AUGCUCCACGAGAUCCUCCUCUCCCUCUCCGGCCAACCCUCGCCCCUGUUCAAUACCCACAAAGGGGAGCAGGUUGAAAAUGAAGAUAGUUUCCCCCUUCUCUCACCUCCGGAAAAAGCCCUCCUCUCCUCCGUUGGUCAUCUGAGUCGACUCCAUGCACAGUUACGAAAACAAGCCGCUGAAAUCUCCUCCACCAAUCCUUCUGUCAUAUGUCGCUCAGUCUCCACCGCAAUCCUUGGAACACAUUUAAAUGAGUUUCAAAAGAAGAUUCUCGAGGUAGAGCGGGCGAUCCUCGCCGAAGAUAGCGGAUACGUUGGGGGUUAUGGUAUUGUCCCUUUGUCGACGAUCGUAGGCGAGUUCGCACCAUGGACGCGGCGCAUGGACUGGCUUUGGGAGAUUAUACGAUUCAUCCAACCCGAGCAAAGGAAAAGCGAACGUUCAUAUGCCUCCACGGGGGCAGCAAUCAUCGAUCAUCUACGGGUUGAAGCUCAGACCGGAUAUCUUGAUAUCAAAGAAAUGGCAUUGAGUCUAGGAAAAGCUGCUGAAGCUGCCUGGAUGAAACAAGUCUCAAUGUGGCUACUCUAUGGAAAUCUUCCAAUAUAUGGCAAAGAUGACUUCUUUAUUCGGGAAGACCUCGAAAACCCCGACGAUGAGACUCAAUUCAGCAUGCAUCCAAGACUCCUGCCCAAAUUCGUCACAUCGCAGACAGCAAGCUCCAUCUUGUUCAUAGGCAAGUCGCUCAACCAUAUUCGGGCGAAGCGAAAAAUUUCGAUCGCAGGCGCGUCUGCUGCACCGGUGACUUUAUACCAGGAGCACAUAAAACAACUCGCAAGCCUGGAAUCCCCCAUGUCAUCCUCGAAGCUCACUGCUGCUGUUGACUGCAUUCGUCUCUCCCUGUCUAAAUCGACCUUAUCGAAAUUAUUACCACUUCCCAAAAUUCUUGAGAUCCUUCAAUUGCUUCAUAACUUCUUGCUGCUGAGGCGAGGUGAGUUCGCUGUGGCUUUGGUGGUGCAUGCAGAUUCUCGAGUGGAUGAGAGUCGGCGCCGUGGCGCAACAAUGGCUAGCGGCGUCUCGGGAAAAUUUGAAGGCCUCACCAUCAAAGAAGGAGAUGUCACAGCUGCUCUAACCCAAACAUGGGCCGAGCUCUUCUCUCUACAAAAGGAGGAAGAUCCUACCGACGAAGAGCUUGAACUUGCUCGAGAAUUAGUUUCUCUGUCUGUCAGCAGCGGUAAAGUUGGGCGACCCAUGACCCCUGCUCAAAAUCCCAACCCGAUAUCAGAUAUCUCCAGUGUCCCUUUUGACGACCUUCUUUUCCCGAUCCCGACAUACCUCACUGCGCAAAUACGCGCCCCUUUGGACUUGUUCAUCUCCCACUCUGACAUUGUGAUCUAUACAAGGAUCCACUCGUAUCUUUUGGGCAUAAGGCGAGCUCAGCUUCGGUUGGGUGAUCUUUGGAAGCGGACCCCACUGCGAAGAACGCAUCCUACCCCCCUGGGGGCCGCCGAAGAGCAACAGUCCUUUUGGGCAAGCUAG